GCUCCGGUACGACGUGCCUCUACCGUCUGUGUGUGUGUGUGUGAGGGUAGCUACUGCGGCUAAUCCCUGCGGACAGCCGGUGUUCGUUAACCGGGAGAGGAAGAGGAAGAGGAAGAGGAGGGUGAAGUCAGACAGCAGGAGAAGCUACAUGGAGGCUAACUAACCCCCCCCCUCCACAUACACACCCCAGGACCGAGAGAGGAACUGCGGUACAUUACCGGCAGGAUGCCAGCCGGAGUUUGCGGCUGCUGUGGGCCGCUGAGGCCGAGGUACAAACGCCUGGUGGACAACAUCUUCCCCGAGGACCCCAAAGAUGGCCUCAGUAAAUCAGACAUGGAGAAGCUGACCUUUUACGCCGUGUCGGCUCCAGAGAAGCUGGACAGGAUCGGAGCUUACCUGGCUGAGAGGCUGAGCAGAGAUGUGGUGCGACACCGCUACGGGUAUGUGGUAAUAGCCAUGGAGGCUCUGGACCAGCUGCUGAUGGCUUGUCACUCUCAGAGCAUCAAACCCUUCGUGGAGAGUUUCCUGCACAUGGUGGCCAAGCUGCUGGAGUCCAGAGAACCAGACCUGCAGGUCCUGGGAACCAACUCGUUUGUGAAGUUUGCCAACAUCGAGGAGGACACACCGUCCUACCACCGCCGCUACGACUUUUUUGUCUCCCAGUUCAGCGCCAUGUGCCACUCCACGCAUGAAGAUACUGAGACCAGAACCAGGAUCCGAGUGGCCGGGAUCAAAGGUCUGCAGGGUGUGGUGAGGAAGACGGUGAAUGAUGAGCUUCAGGCCAUCAUCUGGGAGCCACAGCACAUGGACAAACUGAUCCCGUCCAUGCUGUUCAACAUGCAGGACAGCGAGGACCUGGACAGGGCGGGGCACCCCAGCACGCCUUCAGUGGCGGGUCAGGAUGGCGAGGAGAACCCAGCUGCGCUGGCAGAGAGCUGCUUCAGAGAGCUGCUGGGCAGGGCAGCCUACGGCAACAUGAACAACGCUGUCCGACCUGUGUUGGUUCACCUGGACAAUCACAACCUGUGGGACCCCAAUGAGUUUGCAGUUUCCUGCUUCAGAAUCAUCAUGUACUCCAUCCAGGCUCAGCACUCCCACCACGUCAUCCAGCAGGUUCUAAACCACCUGGACACUCACAACAAGAACACACCGCGGGUCAGAGCCGGCAUCGUCCAGGUCCUCCUGGAGACGGUGGCCAUCGCUGCCAAAGGCUCAGUGGGCCCCACAGUGCUGGAGGUGUUUAACACUCUGCUCAAACACCUGAGGAUGAGCGUGGACUUCGAGCUGGGCGAGAGCUCCAGGAGAAACUCCAACAUCAGCGUUUCGUCCGGCCGCGGCAAAGAGAGCGAGGAGAGGAUCGUCCAGAACGCCAUCAUCCAGACAAUCGGCUUUUUCGGUGGAAACCUGCCAGACUAUCAGCGAGCUGAAGUUAUGAUGUUCAUCAUGGGCAAAGUGCCAGUGUACGGGACCCCCUGCCACACCUUGGACACCGUUAAGAUUGGGCAUCAGGGUACGAAGCGGAUCCAGACCAUGCUGCUCAGCUCUCUCAUCAUGGUAACCUCAGGCUUUAAGUCCAAGUCCAUGGCAGCAGCGUUGCCUCCUCCCUUCCUCGAUCCGCUCUUCUCCAUCUCCCUGAUGGAGGACAGCGAGCUGAGGCAGCUGGUGCUGGAGAUCCUGCACAACAUCAUCGACCGUCAUGACAACCGCGCCAAGCUACGUGGCAUCAGAAUCAUUCCUAAUGUUGCAGCAUUGAAGAUUAAAAGAGAGAAGAUUUCCAAGCAAGACGUCGCUUUCAUGAAGAAGCACGGCCAGCAGCUCUACCGUCACAUCUACCUGGGCUCUAAAGAGGAAGAUAACGUCCACAAAAACUUUGAGCUGCUCUUCACCACCCUCGCCAUUCUCACCAUCGAGCUGGCCAACGAGGAAGUGGUCAUCGACCUCAUUCGGCUCGCCAUCGCUCUGCAGGACAUGGCUCUGGCUAAUGAGGAGAACAUGCCGAUGUUUAUUCGCUGUGGCAUCAUGGCGUUGGUGGCAGCGUACCUCAACUUCCUGAGCCAGAUGAUCGCAAACCCUCCCUUCUGUCAGCACAUCAGCAAGGUUAUUGAGCUGAGGAACUUGGAUGCUCCGUACCUCCUCCCAGAGCACAUCUUCAGAGACAAGUGUCCAAUCCCAGAAUCUCUGGACAAAGAGGACAGACUUCUGUACUUCCAGACAGCUGACAUGACAGAGUGUCUGGCAGGACCAGGAUACAACGCAGAGAGGCUCUCCAUUCCCUACGUUCCCCAGGUCACAGUGCUUUACACAGUAGGAAAAAUCCUCCACAGGUGCAAGCAGACGUCCAGAGAUCGUCUGACCAGGAGGAAGAGUUUUGUGGACACAAUUUCCCUUCAAGUGGACAUCAUGUCCAACAGUCUUCCGGACAAGUCGCAGCUGGCCGAGGAGAUCACGUUUGAGACCUUGAAGAAAGCCAUCGAUACCACCGGCCUGGAGGAGCAGGAGCGGGAGAAGAGGCGUCAGGUGAUGGAGAAGUUUCAGAAAGCUCCAUUUGAGGAGAUUGCUGCCCACUGCGAGUCCAAGGCGAACAUGUUGCACGACCGGCUGGCACAAAUUUUUGAACUUACAAUUAGGCCUCCGCCCAGCCCGUCCGGAGUGGUUUCAAUCUCAGCGGGACACACCCAGCACCAGUCCGUCCCCGUCUACGAGAUGAAGUUUCCAGACCUGUGUGUCUACUGAUCACAUGCACAAAAAUAUCUGAAACACAAAAUGCAAAAUGCUGAGAAAGAACUACAAAUUUCACUCCAGUUGUCUCCAUUCAGACCAGCACAACAGUGUCAGGGAUGCGUUUACAAACACAAACUGCAGCCACUUUCAGUUUCAUACCAAGAGUUAUGCUAAAAACUGAACUUCCUCACAUAAAGAACAGUUUAUAGUUUAUUUUGGGACCCUUAAAAAGUGAAAAUGGUACUUCUGAAUCCAAAAGUGCCAUCUGUUUCUGCUCUCUCUUAAAUACUUUGAUCCUUAAUUGAGCUUGAAGCAGACGUGCAUUAAUCCCAGACGCUCUAAAUUAACUGAUUGGCUGCAGUUUGUUGCCUGACUCACAUCCCUAAAACUAAACAUGAGUCACCAAGAACAAAAAGCAGAUGAACAGUGUAUAGAUGCAGUAUCUGACGUUACUUCACAGCAUGACUCUGAUCCAGUCGAUCAUCUCUGAUCCAGCCAAAGCUUCAAACCUUGUACAUACGCUGUAGUCUGAAACCAGUUCCAGGAUUAACAUUUGAAGCUGGUUUCAGCUGUAAUGCUCCUCCUUCAGAGCCAGUUUCCGCCUCUUAACAACUAUUUGUUCUCCUGUUGAUCAGUAGGCGUCAGUGCCGUCACACGUUAGUAGAAUUAUAAAUAACUGAAUUAACUUCAGAAGGUGGUAGAUUAGUUUUAGGCUCACUGCUGCACGGCUCAACCGGUUCAAUCGUUGCUGUUUUUUUAGGCGAAUAAGCAUCAGAAAUGACUUCGACAACCAGCUACGUUUCAUGUGGAGAAAUAAAAUGAGAGCAAUACUUAAAUUUUCAAAUAACUGGUUAUGAACUGCUCGUCAGAGACUCUCAAAAGCCAAAGAGAGUUUUGUUUUUCAAGCCUAUUGAGUAUAAGCGGCUCGCUCAUGGUUGGUGAUUGUGGGUUUUGCUUCAGAUGUUGCGUUCAAGAGCUCUUGAAAAUGUCAGACUUGGAAAGCUGCAGUAACUUUGGUCCGAGUUCUUAUUCCAACAUGUUUUUUAAGAGGUUUGUAAAAUUACAUCUUCAUGUUUGGUACAUGGUUUGAUUGUAAAGAAAGUUAUAAAGGUACAAGGGCGAACACUUUCUAUUCAGCAAAAGGAAAUCUCACAGCAGUCGGUGUUUAUUUACCAGUUUUUGUCAAAAUGUUCCCUCUUUGCUGGUAUUCAGUUUCAAAAACUAAAACCUGUCAUUUAUAAACCGACUCCGAACCAGCUCUCAAACCUACUGUGGUGGAUUGGGAGGUAUUAACAGACGUCUUGAGUCAGAGAAUCAAGUUUUCUAGCAGCCAUAACGUCAGAAGUUCUUCCUUUAAAACUGAACCAGUCAACAACAAAGUGUUUGAUAGAGAGCGAUCGCAAAAACAUGAAAAUAUAUCCGUAGAACUAAUCUCUAUCACCAGCCUGGAUAGACUUUACUGUGAAUAGAAAAACUGUCAAUUUCUCAAAUGUCUUCAGAGCGAAACUUCAACUGCAAUAUACUGAAACAUUUGAAUUGAAUUUUAUGCACAAUCAUAUAACAGCAAGUUUUCUGGAAAACUCAGUGUUUUCCUCAGAAAUAAACAUGAUGCAGUUUAUGGGCAUUCAGUGGGGGCAGCAGAUGAGGAUAUAAAGUAAACAAUAAUCUGCAGUAAGAAAUAAAACAAAGGAGCGUGUUGGCAAUUACCUACGUAUGUUAAAUAGUUUGUUUACAUCGUGCAAAAACAUUUAAUUUAAUUUUUGCUUGAAAAUCUGACCUUUAACAACAAUAAACAGAAAUAUAUCAGUUGAAGCGUUUCUAUUACUGUAAGUUGCUAUUGUUUGUGGACCUAGCUAGCUAGUUACGUAGGAAGAUGAUGCAUUGAACGAAAUGUAAACCUCUGAUUGGUCGAUUAUUUCUAGAUAAACUGCAUGCAAACAACCAUCAGUGGGCACCACGCCUUGCUGAACAGAUCAGAGAUGUGGGCGGUGAUUCUGGGAUCUAAAACCAGGCUCAAGAUAUUGAGUCCUGAUCUGCCCCCUAGUGGAUGUACUGUUAAAUCCCACAUAAACACACAAGUCCAGCUGCUUGUCAAUGCAUAUACGCGUUGCUAAAGUAAUAAAUAAUAAAGUAAAUAACGUGUAAUAUUGAAUGUAAAUGUAUCUCUACCAGCGGUAUGAAAUGUAAAAACUCUUCCUUUCUGUGGAAGUUUGUCGGGCUUUGUUCUGUACAACCAGCAGCUUCCUCACAGCUUUCUGGCAGCUUCUACACAACCAAAACAUGUCCCGUUGCCAAAGACAGAAGUCGUUCCACCUCCUGUUUCCUGAAUUCAAAAUGUCUUUAUCUAAAUAAAAAACCUGGACGUUAUCAGAGCCAGCGUCCUGCAAGUCGCCAUAUGGACGGUUUCAUUCCGGCAGCUGACGACUCAUCAAAGUUAACCUCCCCACUGAAUGUAUUAAUAUCAAUAUCAGCCUUCUGAUACAAAGCGGUGACAUUUUUGUGAGGAUUUAAUCAUGUCUACUUUUUCAACAGUUGCCACAAGGCCACGUUUUGUUUCCAAAAGGGGGUACAGGAGGCGUUUUUGGAACGAGAUCCUUCAUAUCUGGUGGAGCUGCAGCUGUGAUCUGUAAUAACAGAUGGUUAUCAGUAUUUCCUCUGAUCUGAGCUCAGUGUUGGAAGGAAAAAUCCCUCCAGUUGGAGGCAGAAACCUGCUGCCAUCGUCUGGUCUGAGCAGCUGUGCUGAGCACGUCGCCGCCGCUGCUUUUAUUCAAGGCUUGAAGGUCAGUGCGUACUUUCAGAGAGAGGACGGGUUUGUUUGUUUGCUUCCUCAGAAUAUUGAACAGAUAUCAGUUGACUGGUUUGUGGAGAGGAGUCCGGUCUGGUGUGUUUGGAUGCAGAUCAGUUCCUCUUGUUGUGAACGAUGGAGAACUAAACCGAAUGAAAGAGACAAACUGUUUUUGUUCUGCUGAGCAGGAUGUUGCAGCUGUGUUUGUGUGUGGUCAUGAAUGUUUAAGAUGGUUCGGUAUGUUAAAAAGUUGUCGAGUGCAGGUCGGCGAAGUGAGCUUUGUUUGAAAUCACCAACAUGAGCCUGAGAAGUUCGAACUUUGGCUGGUAAUUUGUCUUUUUCAGGAGUCAGUGUGAUGGCGAAGCAGCUUUUGAGCCCAUUUCCAACCCGGUAUCGACACUAGGGACUUUCACUGUGUACGAAAAGGUCAAACAAAUUUAAAGACAAGACUCAAACAAACAAUCUCAAAACACAAAAACUACCAGUUGGGGAUUAAUGAUCUUAGAGGAUAAAACGUUUGCUCUUAGCACACUAAUGGGCCACAUGUCCUUACAUAAUAAUGUCAAGCUGAUGGUGUAGCGCCCUCUGCUGGAUCACAUGGCAAACUAUUAGGGACGCACGAUAUGGAUUUCUUUCCAUCAAGUACGAUUUCAGUAAUUACCUGCUUCUCAUAGCUUGGAUCAAAAUAAUAAAUUGGUAAUAAAUUGGGUUUUUUUGUAUAAUUUCUUAGAAAUUGAAGGCUAUGCGCUAGUACUUUGGUGACGUAUGGCUUAAGUUUUUGCACAGGGGAAACAUGGUCAAAUUUGUGAUGACUUGACAAAAUUGCUAGAAUUCACGUAGAUUGGUCGGUUGAAUUUUCUUUGUUUCUCUUUAUAGGCUGUAAAUUAUAAAUUCAUUACACUUCCAAAAAUACCACAUGUUCGUACGAAUUUUAUAAUUUUGAAUAAAAAGUGACAGCCCUCACUGUUGACGGGUUUGGAAAUUAAAAGGACAAAAUGAUGAGCGGAGGAGCCUCGAGGAAAUAAAACUCCCUUUGAUAUUUAUAGAACAAACUCACCUUCACUGAUGCAUUAAACUUAUGAAUUAUCUUUUGUGUAUAUUCGUAACGUUUUAGCUUUAAAUGCAAACUCUUAUGAUUUAGUAUCAUAGCUGUACUUACAAACAUGCAUUAUAUUUACUAACUGCAUGAUAUUAUCUUAAUAUCACGUUGUCAGCCCCUCGAUGGGCUCUGGGAAUAUAUGUAAAAAAAAUCCAUCUAAACAAGUUUAUUUCAUCGAUUGAAUCCUAAAAGUCAGAUUUUUCUUCCGACUGAUGAAAAACGAGCCAGCACAGUGGAAACUGAUUUUAGUCCUGGAGAUAAGUCUGAUUUUAACAGUGGAUGAAUAAUUGCUUAGAUGUGGCUGGAAUACACGAUCACUUCCUCUAUGAAUGUGUCAUUAUAGCAGUAUAUCAUAUAUUUUUGUACAUUUUAUGCAUCAUGUAUGGUCGUAAUUGUUGCCUGGUAGAGAUUUAGAGAUUGGGAGAUUUAUUCUUGUCGAUCACAUUUAUCGAGACGAAGACAAAUGCUGAUUUAUUUUUAUUUUUAAAUUCAGAUUUUUGUUUGAAUUUCAACGGUUCAGGGUUUCAAAGGGGAUUGUGCAGUUAUUAUCAGUGCGGGAGAAAUUAUGGAAAUGUUACUUGAUUAGUUAUGUUUUAUUGUAGAAUCCAUGCUAUCAUUUCAUAUAUGCUGAAAAAUUAAUAUUAUAUCUAUAGUCAGACGUUAUUUUUCGUUAAUCGUUGCAAUCUAGAUAUAUUUAUCCCAGAAGUUGCCGUUUCGGUUUCGUCAUCAGCAAAGUUUGACAUUUAAAAUCUUUCCAGACAUUUCUGACCGAGAAGUCUCCAGAUUAACUAAAAUAGUUUUGCAAUUUUAAUUGUUUCUGUUCACCAAGAAACUUUAACAUUUUAGCUCAUGGAGGCAAUAAGGUACUUUUAAGUGUCCUUUUUUCUGAAUCAUAACUCAGUGAAAUCUGAGCACAAAGACGUGAUGAACAUAUUUUUAGAUUGGCUGUGAAUAUGAGAUUCUGAAUAUAUAAUUAUAUCUGAUAACAAUUACAAAUAAACACCUGUAAAUCCUCUCAGAAAUCACCGGAAAGAAAUCUACUCCUUUAGCUCCAGAACUAGUGGUGAUAGUUGUCUGUACAUCCAUCGGUACGUUACAAAGGGGGACAGCUAAUCGGUAAUUCGGCAUACUUUUAAUGCCAGUUUGAAAAAACACACAGAUCUCAAGCUGUAGCCUAAGCUAACUCACUGUCUCCAUGGUAACACUAUGGGAGCUGUAGUUAUCAAACAAAGAAUAAUAAUAAUCCAUUAAUAAUAACAAUAGUAAUGUUGCACUAUGAAAAUAUUUUAAGCAGUAUUAAACUUCAGGUUUUGCUUGGAAAGAUUUUAAAUUACAGGAAACUGUUUUUGGUCCAUCUAACUUUUGACAACUAUAGAAAAUAAUCAGAUUAACACGAGUUUCUGUUUUCUGGACCCGAAUCUGCAACUUCUUCUCAAAGCUGACUGAUAAAUAAUAUUUAAAAUCAGAGUAACUGAUCUCGGAACAGUCUUAGCUGGAUGCAGAAAUCAACCAAUGAUAAAUCUGCAGUAUAUUAAAUAGAUUUAGCUUGUUAAAGUAGUGGCAGCAGGUGAAUUUCCUCAUUAACCGCCACAAUAAAACAUGACAUUGUGUUUGCACUUGGAUCACUGUGUACCUGGUACUAUAGCAAAACUCAAUCAGCACAGAUUAGUGUUAAUUGGUACAAAUUGAUCAAUUAGAGGUAUAUUUUUCCCAAUGUUCAGUUUGUGAAAUGUUGUAUUUAAGAAUAACUGUGUGAAACCGUAAAAACAAAAAAAAACAACAUCUCUCUUGACUGGUGUCCGAAGUCAGUAUCAAGUCUUAAAAAAAAAAAAAGUUAAGACGAGAGAAGAUCUCAGUAAAUGGGGUGAAAUAGUUUCACUGCUGAACUGCCUUAUUUCAGAAUGCUGGACACAAAAACUGCUUUAAAAAAACGACAAACUUUUAUUCACUUUUCAAGAUGGAUCUGUUGUUUUUUUUUUGUUUCAGCUGCAGAACAAAAAGAAACUGAGCUUCUGGUGAUGUUUUUUUCUGUUUGUGAUGCAACAGUUUGUAUUUCUGUGCCAGUUUUAGAGAUAAAAAAAAGUUUCUCUGUUUCCGAAAACUGCUCGAGCUUUGUUUCAAACACACUGACGAUGAUUUUAACCACUAGACGGCGCCAAGGCUCUGCUGCAAGUUCAGGAAAUGAUUUUAAAUCUCAUUUGAAUGGUUCCACAUCCUAAAUUUAUCGUUUUCUACACGCAAACGUACAUGUUCUGCCACUAGGGGGUCUCACUGGGGUUACAGAGCACCAAAAUCUAACCUGUGGAUGGUAAAAAAGUUUAUAGACAUUUUUAAUGCAGAAAUGUUUCAUAUUAAAGCUUUUACUGUUUAAUCCUGAUUCUUUAAUUUCAUCCAUUAAAUGUUGAGUCACAAACGAAAAAAUCUGCAAAAUACUUGAGUUGGACAGUUUCACCGUUGGCUAUUGUCGGCACCAAACUCUUAACGUAAAGCACUAAUUAUUAUAAUUUAAUAUAUUAAUAAUAAUCGUUAUUAUGAGUUUAGUUAAAAGAAGCUCACUCACAGUCCAACAGCUAACGGACUAAUUAGCAAACCUAUUUACCGACAGUAGUAAAGUGGUAAAGCCCGCCUCUUGCUUUAAUUGAUUGGUUGUUUGGUCCAACGCGUCUAAAACCUGCUAGCAAAACUUCUAAUUUGUCACAAUCGAUUUAACUAAUUGAUUGAGACGAGCAGCAAAUCAUCACCUUUGUAAAGUCCUUUUCAUCAACUAACAGACAAAUUAUUUCCACGCCGUGUUCGUUGAAUCCUUCAGAUUGUGUGCGGCGGCCUCAGCGGAGCCUCGGCGCCUCAUUACAAAGCCUCUAUUUAAUUAAAUAGUAAACUGUGUGUUUCAAUGUUGGAGACUAAAAUAAAAAUGUUUCUAUCGAA